AUGAGCUUAGAAUCUCACAAUCAAGGCCAAAGGCUACAAUCGGAGAAACAAGCAGCAUCCCGGAAAGCCUCGAAAACAGCAACAACGUCAUUCAGAGAACCCAAUGUGCAUGACCUCGAGCUUGAUCUUGAGGGCCUCAUGGAUAACGAGCAUACCGAUCCCGACGAGCACAGAUCCAGUACUUCUCCAGCUUCCUACAAUGGGUCUGAAAAUGACCCCUCACAAGCCUCGUUUCACGAGACCGGUGGCAGGGACCCUAUUGAUGAUUCCGAGUACGACUUCUACGCGUCUACAAAACACAUUGCCCAUGUGUACCGCGCGCUCAAAGCGAUCCAGCCCGCAGCUAAAGUCUACGAAGGUGGUCAAGGUGUUAGCGGGAAUUCCUACGCGCGCUCAAUGGGUACAGGUCGCGGGAACCCGUUCACAACCCAGAGCACGCAGCGGCACCGCAAGCCAGGAGAUACAACGCAGACACCUGGGAUGGCCGGGUUUGAUUUGGAUCAUGAUAGUGAUGGGGAUCUAAGCCAUGGAGCACAUUUUGCAACAGAGGAAGAAGAAGCACUUGCACGAAUGGUGAGCAAGGAUGUACCUGUGACAGUCAUGAUUGAUGAAAACGGACUUGCGUUCAAUAUGGGUCGUAUCCAUAUGGGGAUUGCUCGUGUGUACCUGGAACGUGCGCUGUUUGCAACUUACCGAAAAUCGGACCCAGAUGCCCUUUACACUUUUGCAUUACCAAUGCACCGGCUGUUACAAUGCCUCAAGAUCCUGGCAGCCAGCGAAACUGCAGCAUCGCGGAGUGGAACUACGAGGCAGGGAGGAGGUGGUGGAGGUGGAGGGUAUGAUGAUAGUGAAAAUGACGAGUUUACAGGAGAAAACAGUACAAGACGACGGAACCCACAGAGGCCUGGUCGGGCUAGAGGUGAAGAUGAAAACUUGAGAUCAAAUAUGAUUUGCCGUAUCAAGUAUAAGGCAACAGGAGAUGAGACGUUUGUACUGGUUUUUGAGGACGGCCAGAACAUGGCAAUCAAGUGUGAGUUCCCCGUGCUCACCGUAGAUCCCUACAGUGAAACGUUGCCUUUGGGUAGUGACGAGGAGGACGAGAUUAAUGAUGAGUAUGAUGAUGAGGAAGAUGAAGAAGAAGAUGAUGAAGAAUACGAAGAAGACGAAGAGGAAGAAGUUGAGAAAGAAAAAGAUCUUAAUGUAUCUCAAAUCUCAGAUUCCGAAGAAGAAGAAGAAGAAGACAACGAUCUUUUUUUCGGGCGCAAGAAGGACGAUGAAAAAGAGUUACGAAAACAAGAACGCGAGCAGGCUCGCGAAGAACGUCGCAAAGUGCUCCGUGAGCAGCGGCGCGAACUACGGAAAGAACAGCGGCGUGAGCAGAGACGGCUAGAGCAUCAGACUGGCCGAGUAAUGGGGCUAGACAUUUCCAAUCUUCGAUUCAAAGUGUUAUUUCGCGGCAAGAUUUUAGCGCAAAAGUUGCACGAGAUGAUAGUGUUACAGACAUCAAGGCUCCAGAUCCGGGCAUCGAACGAGGCACCACGACUCACAUUUGUGUCCAAGGCUGAAAUGUCCGACUCGGCACAGUAUUUCCCAGAAGAAGACGCGUUCCCUGGGAUCGAGCGGUUUUAUUUGUGGACACAAACAGAGCCUGUACGUGACAAAAGUCAACGUACAGAACAAGAAGAAGACGAGGACGAAGAACAGGCAUUGGAUGAAGACGUUGCAACGUUUUGGUACGACUUUAGACAACUCACCAUGGCCAUCGAGGGUAUUAGUAUCGGAGAAACACAAAACAUUCGCUGUGACUGGAACGGGUUUAUGGGAAUUCAGUCUAAGUAUGUGGUGGACCGCGAGCAACGUAUCUACAUUUUCUUUGAUUUUAGGUUUUCUGCGCUUCACGACUGA